UCUUUAUCUAUACACAUUAUAAAUGACACAAUAAAUUACCAAAUUAAAAAAAAUUAACAAUGAAAAGUUAAGACUUACAACCAAUAGCUUAAAAUUGUUACUUUUGAAAUUACUUUUAGAAAACGUGCAUUAUUAUCAAAAUGGAUACAUCAUUUCUGCCAGAAUAUUUGGAAUUACUGGUAAAAAAUUGGCUUUCAUGGAAUCAGCCGUGUUUUUCAGUCAAAACAAUAUGCUGUAGAACUAGCAGAAAUACUGGUACAAAAAAAUGUGGAUAAAAUAAAAGAUAUGUUUGAUGGUCGCCUGUCAUUUGGAACAGCGGGUCUGAGAGCAGAGAUGAGUCCUGGUUUCAAACGAAUGAAUGAUCUGGUAGUCGUACAAUCUGCUCAAGGGCUUUUGUAUUACAUGUUUAGUGUCUUUGGGGAUUCAUUAAAAACAUCUGGUAUUAUUAUUGGAUAUGAUGGAAGAUACAAUAGUAGAAGAUUUGCAGAAUUGACAUCAAAAGUUUUCUUAAAACAUUCUGUCAAAGUAUAUCUUAUGAAUGAAGUUUGCCCAACUCCAUUUGUAGCUUUUGGGAUUAAGUUAUAUAAAUGUUGUGGUGGAGUAAUGGUGACUGCGUCACACAAUCCUAAAAAUGAUAACGGUUAUAAAGUAUUCUGGAAAAAUGGCGCUCAAAUCAUUUCUCCAAUUGAUAAAAAUAUUGAAAAAAGCAUAACUGAACAUUUAGAGCCUGAAGAUAUCUGGAAUACUGAAGAUAUUUAUAAUAAUAAGUUGUUAAUAAAUCCAUUAAUCGAUCUGCUGAAACAUUACAAUAAUUAUAUUGACAAAAUGUUGUUUCCCAAUUUAGAUAAAAAGAAAACAGAUAUAAUUUUUACGUAUACACCUAUGCAUGGUGUAGGUUAUCCUUACAUAAAAGAUGUAUUUGAAAAUGCAAAAUUUAAUCCAGUUGUAGUUGUUGAGGAACAAAAAGAUCCGAACCCAGAAUUUCCAACUGUUCCAUUCCCAAACCCAGAAGAAGGAAGUGCAUUAAAAUUAGCAAUGGAAACAGCUAAUAACAACCAUAGUCGUAUUAUACUCGCUAAUGAUCCUGAUGCUGACAGAUUGGCUGUGGCUGAACGUCGGAUGAAAAAGAAGGGCUGGAAAAUAUUUACUGGAAACGAAGUUGGUGCUUUGUUAGGGUGGUGGUUAAUACAUUCUUACAAAACAUUACACGGUAAAACACAUCCUAAAUUGGUUAUAAUGUCAAGCACAGUAUCAUCUGCAAUACUUAAAUCUAUGGCUGAAAUUGAAGGAAUCAGAUUUGAAGAAACACUCACUGGGUUCAAGUGGAUGGGUAAUAGAGCUGAACAGCUUUCUGCUGAAGGAUAUACUGUAAUUUAUGCAUUCGAAGAGUCUAUCGGUUACAUGUGCAGCAGUGAGGUUUUGGAUAAAGAUGGAAUAUCUGCUGCUGUUAAAAUUUCAGAAUUAGCUAUAUAUUUAGAAAGCAUAAAUAAUACAUUAUCUUCAGCUUUAAAAUUUGUAUAUGAACUAUAUGGUUGGCAUUUAUCUAUAAACUCAUAUUUUAUGUGCUACGAUAGCUUGAUGAUAAAGAAAAUAUUUGAAUCUAUUAGACAAAAUAAUAAUCAGCCAAACAAUUAUCCAAAAUCCAUUCUUGGAGGACAAUAUUCAAUCAAAUCGGUCCGAGACCUGACAACUGGAUAUGAUUCAAGUACAAUAGAUCAUAAGCCUGUAUUGCCUGUAUCAACAUCGUCUCAAAUGAUAACAUUUCAUUUUGAUAAUGGUUUAAUCGCUACAUUACGAACAAGUGGAACUGAACCCAAAAUAAAAUAUUAUGCUGAAUUAUGCAGUGGUCCUGAAAAUUCUUCUGAUCUUAAAAAAUUGAAAAGUAUCUUGAAAGAAAUGGUUAAAGGAAUAAUUGAAGAAUUUUUAAAACCAGAAGAAAAUUUUCUAAUUUCUUGCGAUAAGUAGUUGAAGAUAAAUAGACAACUCAGAUUAUUUUGUAUAUUGAUUAAUAUAUUAUUGUUAUUUAAUUUAUUCUUACUAUCCAAUUUUCAAAUAG